AUGUAUCGACUCGGGAUUGUGUUGGUAUUUGUUGCUGUUGGAUUUUCGGCAAAGCUUCAUGAUGAGGAGGAUUUGACGAAGAUUUCGACAAUAUAUGAGUCCUCCCAUGUCAACAGCGGUGCCGACCUCCUCAUCGUACCAUUUGAAGGCGAAAAACGAGUCGUCCUCCCUACUGACGACCCAAAAGAAACAAGAAUCAAGCGCCAAGCAUCGAUCACUGUCAAGAACUAUUGCAACACCUACAAGGACAAUUAUGAGUUCUUCUGCUCGAAAUUGGAGGAGCAGACUCCAGCUGAGGCGGCCAGAUUGCGUGGAUUCUGCCAUCAGUAUACCGAUUUUUGUCACAAGGCCAGGAGUAGCGGUUCGGAAAACUUGCCGGAGAUUGAUUCUGAAGAGAUUACAGCUACGAAACGCACUCCCUUGCCAACCGACAAUUCUGAUGAGGGAUCCCGAUGGGACGACGUUCGACAAUGGGAGCCCGACAACGCGGAAAAGACACUUUUAGAGGCCAAAAAACUGCACCCAUGCAACCCCGAAUGCAACCAGACCAUUCACCCACAUUGUACCGCCGAAUGCAAAUGCGAAUUCGACAAGCCGAAAAUGCUCUAUUUCUGCACUGGACCCUUAGAUCGACAAGAAUUACACUGGUGCCACCAGUGGUUCCGACGAUGCCCCCGACAAUCUCCAUUCUACCGUAGAAUAUUUGACGCGCAAGGAAGAACGUGGCCGGGAAGAGAAGGACUCCUUGAGGGGCUACGACUACGCGGU